UUGUCUUGUCUUUCAGGGAGGCAGUUGCUUUCCGGUAAUAGUAGAGGAACGUGACACUGAAGGAAAACACACCAACAACAUCCUUAGUAGUCGGAGCCUGAUUCUUUCUUCUUAAUGUUGGUUUCUUUGUCAUCAGGUCUGCUAAAAAAUGACAGAAUAUAAACUUGUUGUUGUUGGAGCUGGUGGUGUAGGCAAGAGUGCUUUGACAAUACAGCUAAUUCAGAAUCACUUUGUGGAUGAAUAUGACCCUACAAUAGAGGAUUCCUACAGGAAGCAAGUAGUAAUUGAUGGAGAAACCUGUCUCUUGGAUAUUCUUGAUACAGCAGGUCAAGAGGAAUACAGUGCAAUGAGGGACCAGUAUAUGAGAACAGGGGAAGGCUUUCUAUGUGUAUUUGCUAUAAACAACACAAAAUCUUUUGAAGAUAUUCACCAUUAUAGGGAACAAAUAAAGAGAGUUAAAGACUCCGAAGAUGUCCCAAUGGUGCUAGUAGGAAACAAAUGUGAUUUGCCUUCCAGAACAGUAGAUACGAAACAAGCUCAGGAUUUAGCAAGAAGUUAUGGAAUUCCUUUCAUUGAAACAUCAGCAAAGACAAGACAGGGUGUUGAUGAUGCCUUCUAUACAUUAGUUCGAGAAAUCAGAAAACACAAAGAGAAGAUGAGCAAAGAUGGUAAAAAGAAGAAAAAGAAGACAAAGACAAAGUGUAUAAUUAUGUAAAUACAAUUUAUCCUUAUUCUUAAGAAGUACUUAAGUAAUUUUUGUACAUUACACUAAAUUAUUAGCAUUUGUUUUAGCAUUACUUUACUUUCUGCCUCCUUAGCUUUACCUGAAUGCUUGUUUUAAAUGACAGUGGAAACGUCAUUCCUCUUAAAGUGCCAGUAUUCUUUGACUUGGUUCUUGAACUAGCAAUGCCUGUGGAAAAAAAAAAAAAACAAACCAAAACCAACAACACCAACAAACUAAAACAACACAAAGAAAACAAACAAAAAACCACACAAAAACUGUCUUAGGACUCUUUGCUGCAUGCACAGUUGCUAACUUCAUAUUUUUCUUACUGAUUGUGAACUUCUGUUCUGUGUUCAAACCAAACAAUGAAAUGAUGCUCUGCACAUUCUAACAUCCCCUUUAAUUUUUUGGGGUUUAAAUCUGGUUGAGAAAAACGACCAGUUAGCAAAAGAGACUUCAUUUUAGCCUUUUUUUUUUUUUGACUGACUGCAAUAUAGAAAGACCAGAAGCCUUUAUAGUCUUCCUGUAGAUUUUGCUUCUAGGCAUCUAGUCUUGUAGCAUUUCAGAUCAACUUCAAUGAAUGUAAAGUAAAACUUUCACAAAAUUUUUUUCACCAGUUUGUCACAGUCACUCCUUAAAUACUCUUUUUUUUCUAUAAAAAA